UAUCAAAUGCCACCGCAUCAAACAUUCAUGCCUCUAUAUAAACUCAUCUCUACUUCUUCAAUUUCCUCAAUAAAUCUUCAGCAUCGAAUUUUCUUUAUCUUCUGCUUUCCAAAACCCUCCUCUCAAAUAAUUUUCUGCUUUGUUCUGUGUUUUUUUUUCUUUCUUUUUUAUCCACAGAUAUGUCGCCUGCAGAGACAAAAGGACCACUGAGGGCCUAUGUGACCUUCUUGGCUGGAAAUGGAGACUAUUGGAAAGGUGUGGUUGGCCUGGCCAAGGGCCUUAGGAAGACCAAAUCUGCAUACCCGCUUGUGGUGGCCGUCCUGCCUGAUGUUCCUGAGGAGCACCUCCAGAUUCUUGAAUCUCAAGGAUGCAUUGUGCGCCAGAUUGAGCCUGUCUACCCUCCUGAAAACCAAACCCAAUUUGCCAUGGCUUAUUAUGUCAUCAACUACUCAAAGCUUCGUAUUUGGGAGUUUGUGGAGUACGAGAAGAUGAUAUACUUGGAUGGAGACAUACAAGUGUUUGAUAAUAUCGAUCACCUUUUCGACAUGCCCGAGGGUUAUUUUUAUGCUGUGAUGGAUUGCUUUUGUGAGAAGACAUGGAGUAAGACUCCUCAGUAUAAGAUUGGAUACUGCCAGCAGUGCCCUGAGAAGGUUCAAUGGCCAGCCGACUUGGGCUCACCACCACCACCUUACUUCAAUGCUGGCAUGUUUGUCUAUGAGCCUCGUCUUCCGACUUACUAUGAUCUCUUAGAGACCGUCAAAGUCACCCCUCCUUCCUCAUUUGCCGAGCAGGACUUUUUGAACAUGUUCUUCAAGGAUGUAUACAAGCCUAUCCCACCUGCAUACAAUCUUGUAUUGGCUCUCUUGUGGCGCCACCCUGAAAAUGUGGACAUUAACCAAGUGAAGGUUGUUCAUUACUGUGCUGCGGGAUCAAAGCCAUGGAGGUACACAGGAGAGGAAGAGUAUAUGGAGAGAGAAGACAUAAAGAUGCUGGUGAAGAAGUGGUGGGAUAUUUAUGAGGACCCGUCACUGGAUUACAUUAAGAAUAAUGAUGAUGAUGAUGAAAUUGCGGUGAAGGCAGACGAGCAUGUAAAGGUUGGACCACCCUUUAUUGAUGUAUUAUCGGAGACUGAUGCUGUUGACCAAAGGAGUGCACCAUCUGCCGCUUGAUUUGGUUAAUUACUACUUAAUUAAGGGAUUAAUUAGUCUCCCAGCCAUAUUAUGUAUGAACUAAAUAUAUAAUGGAUAUAAAGUGCAUGGGAUUAUGGAUAAAAAGCUACCAAUUUGUAUAGUGUAGGAAACUACACUUUGAUAGUGUGUAAGUCGUGGGUUGUGUUGGUAAUGUGACCCCAUCAGUUUGCAA